GGGUUCCAUACGUGGCAAGGAAUUUGUUGUGAGGUUUUUUGUUGUGCAAUGGCGAGCCUUCUGCGUGUCGCUGUCAGCGGGUGCUCAGCUUCUGUUUUUGGCAAUGUGCUCCCACCGAGGAUGCGUUCCGCAAAGAUGCUGUGCUUGCGAAUGUUUAGAACCCACCAGGUGCUUGGGUCUCAGGCAGCUCCAAAGCCAGGAAUUCCUUAUAAACAGCUGACUGUAGGUGUUCCCAAGGAGAUAUUUGAGAAUGAGAAGAGAGUGGCUCUGUCACCAGCUGGAGUUCAAGCCUUGGUUAAGCAAGGCUUUAAUGUUGUGGUGGAAUCUGGUGCUGGAGAAGCUUCCAAAUUUUCUGAUGACCAUUACAGAGAAGUUGGAGCAAAGAUCCAGGGAACCAAGGAAGUUCUGGCUUCUGAUUUGAUUGUGAAAGUGAGAGCUCCUAUAUAUAACUCAUCUCUAGGUGUACAUGAGGCAGAUCUUUUCAAGACAGCAGCGACCCUGAUUAGCUUUAUCUACCCAGCACAAAAUCCAGACCUCCUGAAAAAACUUGCAGAAAAAAAGGCUACUGUCUUGGCUAUGGAUCAGGUUCCACGGGUCACCAUUGCUCAGGGAUAUGAUGCACUUAGCUCCAUGGCCAACAUUGCUGGUUACAAGGCUGUGGUCCUGGCAGCAAAUCACUUCGGUCGAUUUUUCACGGGUCAAAUCACAGCUGCUGGUAAAGUUCCUCCAGCGAAGGUACUGAUCAUUGGAGGAGGGGUUGCUGGCCUGGCUUCUGCAGGAGCAGCAAAAUCAAUGGGUGCAGUGGUUCGUGGAUUUGAUACUAGAGCUGCAGCUCUGGAACAGUUCAAGUCUCUUGGGGCUGAGCCUUUGGAAGUAGACUUGAAGGAAUCUGGAGAGGGACAAGGUGGUUAUGCUAAGGAAAUGUCCAAAGAAUUUAUUGAAGCUGAAAUGAAACUCUUUGCCAAACAGUGCCAAGAUGUUGACAUUAUCAUCACUACAGCACUUAUUCCAGGCAAAAAAGCUCCAAUCUUGUUUAAGAAAGAUAUGAUUGAAUCUAUGAAGGAAGGUUCAGUUGUGGUGGAUUUAGCUGCAGAAGCAGGGGGAAAUAUUGAGACUACAAAGCCUGGAGAAAUGUAUGUUCAUAAGGGUGUUACACACAUUGGGUACACUGAUCUGCCUAGCAGAAUGGCUACUCAGGCCAGUACCCUGUAUUCUAAUAAUAUUAUCAAACUUCUAAAGGCUAUUAGUCCUGACAAAGAGAACUUCUACUUUGAUCCAAAAGAUGACUUUGACUAUGGGACUCUGGAUCAUGUUAUUAGAGGAACUGUAGUAAUGAAGGAUGGCAAAGUGAUUUUCCCAGCACCUCCACCAAAUAACAUUCCUCAAGGAGCACCAGCAAAACAGAAGACUGUAGCAGAGCUGGAAGCAGAAAAAGCAGCUACUAUUACACCUUUUAGAAAAACCAUGACUACUGCAUCCGUAUACACAGCAGGUUUAGCUGGUAUGUUAGGGCUGGGCGUUGUAGCACCUAAUGCUGCUUUCACACAAAUGGUGACGACAUUUGGCCUCUCUGGAAUAGUGGGCUACCACACAGUGUGGGGUGUGACUCCUGCUCUGCACUCCCCACUCAUGUCUGUGACUAAUGCUAUCUCAGGUCUGACUGCAGUUGGUGGGCUAGUUCUGAUGGGAGGACACUAUUUCCCUGAAAACAUUUCCCAAAGCCUAGCAGUGCUUUCAGCUUUUAUAUCUUCAGUCAAUAUUGCAGGUGGCUUUUUAGUUACACAGAGAAUGCUGGAUAUGUUCAAACGUCCCACAGACCCUCCUGAGUACAACUACCUGUACCUGCUCCCUGGUGGUGUGUUUGUAGGAGGUUAUGCAGCUGCUCUCAGCAGUGGCUAUAACAUUGAACAAGUGAUGUAUCUGGGCUCGGGACUGUGCUGUGUUGGUGCUCUGGCUGGUUUGUCUACCCAAGGAACAGCUCGUCUUGGAAAUGCUUUGGGUAUGAUUGGUGUUGCAGGAGGUUUAGCCGCAACUCUUGGAAGCCUUCAUCCUUCGCCUGAACUGUUGGCACAGAUGUCAGGUGCAAUGGCACUUGGUGGGACCAUAGGUCUGACAAUUGCUAAACGCAUCCAGAUUACAGAUCUGCCUCAGCUAGUGGCUGCUUUCCACAGUUUGGUUGGUUUGGCUGCUGUGCUCACCUGUGUAGCAGAGUACAUGAUUGAAUAUCCUCACUUUGCCACCGAUCCUGCUGCAAACCUCACCAAGAUUGUGGCAUAUCUUGGCACCUACAUUGGUGGAGUGACUUUCAGUGGCUCUCUUGUUGCAUAUGGAAAACUGCAAGGUGUCCUGAAUUCUGCACCUCUGCUCUUGCCUGGUCGACAUGCAUUGAAUGCAGGACUGCUGGCUGCCAGCAUUGGUGGGAUGGUUCCCUACAUGAUUGAUCCUUCUUAUGCUACGGGAAUUACUUGCCUGGGUUCUGUGUCAGCACUCUCAGCCAUAAUGGGUGUCACUUUAACAGCAGCUAUUGGAGGUGCUGACAUGCCUGUAGUUAUUACUGUCCUGAACAGUUACUCUGGAUGGGCUUUGUGUGCUGAGGGCUUUCUCCUGAACAACAACUUGCUGACCAUUGUUGGUGCACUCAUUGGCUCCUCUGGGGCCAUCCUCUCUUACAUCAUGUGUGUGGCUAUGAACCGUUCCCUUGCAAAUGUGAUUCUUGGGGGCUAUGGCACUGCAUCAACAGCUGGUGGGAAACCCAUGGAAAUUACUGGAACUCACACAGAAAUCAAUGUGGACAAUGCAGUUGAAAUGAUAAAAGAAGCCAAUAGUAUUAUUAUUACUCCAGGUUAUGGUUUGUGUGCAGCAAAAGCUCAGUACCCAAUAGCUGAUCUGGUAAAGAUGUUGAGAGAACAAGGGAAAAAUGUCAGGUUUGGUAUUCACCCUGUGGCUGGCCGUAUGCCUGGUCAGCUGAAUGUGCUGCUGGCAGAGGCUGGCGUUCCCUAUGAUAUUGUACUGGAAAUGGAUGAAAUCAAUGAAGACUUCCCAGAAACUGACUUGGUCCUUGUGAUUGGUGCAAAUGAUACAGUUAAUUCAGCAGCUCAGGAAGAUCCUAACUCUAUCAUAGCUGGAAUGCCAGUUCUUGAGGUCUGGAAGUCCAAACAGGUAAUUGUUAUGAAGAGAUCUCUGGGAGUUGGUUAUGCAGCGGUGGACAAUCCUAUCUUCUACAAGCCCAAUACUGCCAUGUUGUUGGGAGAUGCUAAGAAGACCUGUGAUGCCCUGCAGGCCAAAGUCAGGGAAUCGUACCAAAGCUAAAUACUGAUUUAUAUUCUGCUCAUAUUUCCAACUAGAUUUUUGUCACAGAGGCCACAGAAAAUGAGAGGUGAAAGAAUCUCUCACUGUCAUAAGGCAGCUGGCUUUUGGAGAAGACUGCAUUGACUCCUAGGAGAUGUAGUUUGGUCAGGGGAUAUAAACUUUUAUAAAAAAAAUGGGCAGAUUAGCCUUUCAAACUAAAUCUCCAAUGAGACAAUGCAUAAAAGAAUAAAAAUGUUCUUUUUAAGGUCAACAUUGUGCUGAUACAAGAAGGAACUAAUAACUAAUGGCCAUCUUUAAGUAGUUACUGACUUCUUCCUCCUUAUUGUCUGUACUUCUGUCAUGGAAAUUCACCAAAAAAUACUGUGCCAAAACUGUAUUCAGUCUUAUCAUCAAAGCUGUUUUUUGGCUGGUAUGGACAAUGCAACUGUUGAUUUCAUCAAAAUUUAAAAAUAAAUUUCAAACAGAUGCAAGCGGAAGCAAAUCCUUGCAUGUCCCUUCAAACUCAGGACAUUCUCUGAAAUAGAUGCUUACAUGAUUUGAGUUUUAAGCAUAAUGUUCUUUUUCUUUUGGGGAUUGUAUGGAUGCUGUGAAUCAGGAACAUUUUAGGAAAGAACUUCUCUUUAAAAUAUAGUUCCACUUUUUUAUGGUGCAUGCUUAUUUUAAAUGAAACACAGGAUAUCAGGCACUUGCCAAGUAAUCUUCAAGUCUGACAAGGAAAUGUACAUUUACUUGCACUGCUUGCCUUUUUUAAGCAGCUGCUAAAUUCUCCCUCUCUUCCAGUCAUUGCCUUUUAAAGUGUCUGAAAAAAAAUAUGGUCCAGUUCUGCACAGGCAGAACAUCUUACAUACCUGAUCUAUUCACAGAAUUUGGACCACAAAGUUUCAGUUUUUCACUUAGACUUUUAAUUGUAUUUACUGCUUUGGUAGUAGUGAUGCUUAGUGAUGUUUUAGUGAUGUUUUUUGAAUUAAUAUUCUUGUGAUUCU